UAUUUUUGUCAACUUUAUUUCGCGUAAGACAUAAACUGGAUAUAAACAUAUGUGAGGCCGUAAGGGAGAAAGUGCGUGUAGCGUGCUCAUUUCUCGCUCGUGGCGCUUUUAUGCGAGCGAUCGGUUGUGGAUUUUGAGGCAACGUGAAAUAAAAGGCAGCGUCAUUGUACGAUUGUCGUAGACAUGCCGCAUGUAUUGCUGGGCGAUUCGAUCGCGGUGGAAUUGGAAGCUCAGGAGUCAUGGCCACAACCAAUUACCUUAUAUCAACCGUACGAAGUCGAGCAGAUUCUGCUUCCCGACAAUGCAAACUGUCUUGCAGUACAGGCUUUCCUCAAGAUGUGUCAACUUGAUUUUCAAAUAGAACCGAGGAAGAAUGCAGAGUUUAUGUCACCGUCAGGUCGCGUGCCCUUCAUCAAGUGCGGCACAAAGUUAAUAUCAGAGUUUGAUAGUAUAGUGGCACACAUAGGAAGUAAAGGAAUAAGUCUCUCUGAUCAUCUGGACCCUGAUGGCAAAGUAGACAUGAGAGCAUACCAGUCUCUUGUUAACAAUGUAUUUGUUAAUGCUGAGCUGUACAUCUGUUGGGUAGACCCUGCGAUUUUAAACGUCACAAAGCAGAGGCAUGGAAGCGUAUACCCUUGGCCGCUUAAUCAUUAUUUGAAUUGGCAGAAGAGACGAGAAGUCAUAAAAAAACUCAGCAUACUUGGCUGGUACAACAAAAGUUUGGAUGAAGUUUUCGAUGAUGUAAAGAAGUGUUGUAUAGCAUUAUCUGAGAGGCUAGCGGACGAAGAAUUUUUCUUUGGAAAAGACAAACCCAAUGAGUUGGACGCUUUGGUUUUUGGUCACAUAUUCACGAUAAUCACGACACCGCUACUUGACAACAAGCUGGCUAUGAUCGUACGGGAUUAUCCGAAGCUCGUGAAUCUCUGUAAACGCAUCGAGAUUAGCUUUUUUUCUCCUCAAGCUAUAGACAGUCAGACUAAUGAAACGCUGGAGUUCAAGAAUUAAGCCAAUGAUCCAACCGUACCGAGGAUAUCAAAUUAAAAGAAAACGACACGAUUUUUGUCUAAACUAAAUUCAAACGUGAUAUUCCAAUGUCAGGCAAUAAAAACAUGCCAAAACAUAUUGAAGCACGGUUUUCGAAAGCUAUUUACUAGGUAUAAAAUCUCGUGUUCAUAAAAUGUACCGCCGAUUAUGUCAUAUCAAUGUUCCUGGUGAUAUUUAUAUCUUUCUAUAUAUUUAUAAUUAUUUUAUUCAAGUAUGUAAUUAGUAAUAUUACGUAUAUUGUUAAGCGCGCACUGUUACAUUAAAGUAUAUCAUACAUGUACAGUAAUGUAGAUGCAGGGAGAAACAAUUUUCUAGUCAAUACACCAAUCUCCAUUUUUAUAUCUGUUGUAUGCAGAUACAGGAGAGGUAAUUUUCGAUGUAUACGUCGUGUAUAUAUGUAAUGAUUGCAUGUAAAAUUUGAAUAUAAUCUUUCUUUGAGUCUAUA